AUGAGAAAACAUGCUCUGAAAAUCUGCCUUGGAACUGAAAACAGGUUUUCCCAGCUGGGGACAGUGGAAGAGCAUUACAGCAGUAUGAAGAAAAUGUACAACGGCUGUGAAAUUGUGCUCGGAAAUCUGGAAAUCACCCACCUAAGUCGCAAUUAUGACACGACCUUCCUCCAGGACAUUAAAGAAGUUGGUGGUUAUAUUCUCAUCUCCAUGAACAAUAUCAAGUCCAUUCCCUUGACCCACCUUCAGGUGAUCCGUGGCAAUGCUUUGUACAAGAAUGCCUCUCUUUCCAUUUUAUCAAAUGAUGGCCUGGCCGAGCUUCCUAUGAGAAACCUAAAAGAAAUUCUACGAGGUGGCGUUACCAUAGGGAGAAACCCCAAACUUUGCAACUUGAACACAAUCAAGUGGGAGGACAUUGUCAACCAGGACCAUGCAAACGUUUCUGUACAAUCUCCAUCGCCUGCACGCUGUCCUAAAUGUGAUGUGGAAGCUUGCAAUGAAUCAUGUUGGGGGCCUGGUCCAGAGAACUGUCAGAUACUUACAAAGAUAAACUGUGCUCAGCAGUGUCCUGGACGGUGCAGAGGACCAAUGCCCAAUGAUUGCUGUCACAGCCAAUGUGCGGCCGGCUGUACAGGACCCAAAGAAAAAGAUUGUCUGGCAUGUCGCAAAUUUCGUGAUGGUGACACAUGUAAGGAAAGCUGCCCUCCACUUCAAACUUACAACCCUAAUACAUACCAAAUGGAACCCAAUCCUGAGGGAAAGUACAGUUUUGGGGCCUUCUGCGUAACUAAAUGUCCACAUAAUUACAUAGUGACAGAUCAUGGAUCCUGUGUUCGGACAUGCUAUGUUGAUUCAUCUGAGGUAGAGGAAAAUGGUGUCCGCAGCUGUAAAAAGUGUGAUGGACCAUGUACUAAAGAUGUAACAUGCGAUGGAAUUGGCCAUGGAAAACUAAAGUCAGUAUUGUCCAUAAAUGCUACAAAUAUUGACUUUUUUCAGAACUGUACUAAAGUAGAAGGAAGCAUAAGCGUUCUGUUGGUGGCUGAUACAGGUGAUGCUUUCACCAAGACACCUCCAUUAAAUCCAGAAAAGCUGAGCAUCUUUAAUUCUAUCAAAGAAAUAACAGGGUUUCUAUUGAUUCAGUUCUGGCCAGCCAACUACACGGACCUAAGUGUUUUUGAAAAUCUUGAAAUAAUCCGAGGCAGGAAUAAGCAUCUUGGCAGAUUCUCUGUGGGCAUAGUGAACCAAGGAAUACUAUCUCUGGGAUUGCGAUCUCUCAAGGAAGUAAGCGAUGGUGAUGUCAUAAUUAAAGGAAAUAAAAAUCUCUGCUAUGUUAAUUCACUCAACUGGACGACUAUCUUCAGAACAAACCAAAACACAAAAAUUGAGGACAACUCUCCCGAAGACAACUGUAUUCGCAAUGAAAGUGUUUGCAAUCCUUUAUGCUCUGACCAGGGCUGUUGGGGGCCUGGACCUUCGCAGUGUAUUUCUUGUCAAACCUAUAGACGGGGCAAAGAAUGUGUACCAUCCUGCAACAUAAAUACAGGAGAACCCCGGGAGUAUAUUGAAAAUGAUCAUUGUUUUUUAUGCCACUCUGAGUGCUUACCACAGAACAAUACUCUUACCUGCAUUGGACCGGGUGCAGACCAGUGUAUAAAAUGUGCCCAUUACAUUGAUGAUUACACUUGCGUCAACAGCUGUCCUCCUGCUUUCUAUGAUGGGAAUACUGCCAUAUUCUCAAAAUAUCCUGAUCAGAAUGGAGUAUGUCAGCUUUGCAGCCCAGAAUGCAAGACAGGGUGCACAGGCCCAGGCUUAGAAGGCUGUAAACCUCCUGGAUCCAAAGUAGCAUACAUUGCUGCUGGUGUAGUUGGUGGCAUUCUGGCAGCAGUUGUAAUGGGACUUGUUGCAUUCUUCUUUAUGCGUAGAAAUCGUAUUAACAGAAAACGCACCCUGCGGAGGUUACUACAAGAAAGAAAGCUUGUAGAACCUAUCACACCCAGUGGUGAAGCACCCAACCAAGCACUCCUUCGAAUUCUGAAAGAGACAGAGUUCAGAAAGAUCAAGAUACUUGGAUCCGGAGCAUUUGGCACAGUAUAUCAGGGGCUCUGGAUUCCUGAGGGAGAGAGCAUAAAAAUUCCUGUAGCUAUUAAAGAAUUGCGGGAGGCCACAUCACCAAAAGCCAACAAGGAAAUCUUGGAUGAAGCGUAUGUCAUGGCCAGCGUGGAGAACCCUCACGUUUGCCGUUUGCUUGGAAUCUGUUUGACCUCCACUGUCCAGCUCAUCACACAGCUUAUGCCGUAUGGGUGUCUUCUUGACUAUGUUCGGGAGCAUAAAGACAAUAUUGGCUCAAGACACCUCCUUAACUGGUGUGUGCAGAUUGCUAAGGGAAUGAGUUACCUUGAAGAAAGAAGAUUGGUACACAGAGAUUUGGCUGCCAGAAAUGUCCUUGUUAAAAAUCCACAGCAUGUUAAGAUCACAGAUUUUGGGUUGGCCAAACUUUUGGGAGCAGAAGAAAAAGAAUAUCACGCAGAAGGAGGAAAGGUUCCCAUUAAGUGGAUGGCAUUGGAGUCCAUUUUGCACAGAAUAUAUACCCAUCAAAGUGAUGUUUGGAGUUACGGUGUCACUGUAUGGGAACUAAUGACUUUUGGAUCUAAACCAUAUGACGGAAUUCCAGCUAGCGAAAUUUCCACCAUUUUAGAAAAAGGGGAACGCCUUCCUCAGCCUCCCAUAUGUACAAUUGAUGUGUACAUGAUUAUGGUGAAAUGUUGGAUGAUAGAUGCAGAGAGUCGCCCCAAGUUCCGUGAGUUAAGUGCAGAAUUCACCAAGAUGGCCCGUGAUCCAUCUCGCUAUCUUGUUAUACAGGGAGAUGACAGAAUGCACUUACCCAGCCCUGUGGAAUCCAAGUUUCAUCGAGCAUUAGCAGAUGACAUGGGAGAUAUUGUUGAUGCUGAAGAAUAUCUGAUCCCACACCAAGGAUUCUUUAGUAGUCCUUCAACAUCAAGGACUCCUCUUCUGAGUACUAUGAGUUCUACUACUAGCAGCAAUUCACCCAAUGUGUGCAUCUCUCGAAAUGGGCAGGGACCACCUGCCAGAGAAAACAGCUUCAUUCAAAGAUACAGCACAGACCCAACUGUGGUUUUGGAGGACAGCAUUGAGGAGGAGUUCCAUCCUUCACCAGAAUAUGUCAACCAGAUAAAUCCAAAGUCAGAAAUUUCGACAGUAGCAAAUCCAACUUAUCUGAAUUUAGUUUCACUUGGAAAUAUUAGGCCUCCUAUGAAUGGAAAUUAUCAAAAUUCCAAUGGAAAGAGUGUAAUUAAUCCAGAAUACCUGAACUCAAGCCAGAUGCACAUAAUCCAACCAGAAAAUGACUAUCCUAACAUCUGGGAUCAAAAAGUAAACCAGCAAAUCAGCCUGGACAAUCCUGACUACCAACAAGACUUUUUCCCAAAGGAAACCAAAAUGAAUGGAAUUUUUAAGAUUCCUGCUGCAGAAAAUCCCGAAUAUUUUCCACUGGCUCCAAAGAGUGACUAUAUUGAAGCUUCAGCGUGACCACAAUUUGGUGGUAACAUUCCUAACAUUGUGCCUAUGUGGGCACAGUUGGAUUUUCAAGGAACACUUGGGAACAAUGGACCCUAGUUUAAUAAGUGUAUCCAUACUACACUACAAGUGAACUCUAACCUGAAACUUACAAAAAAAAAUUGUUGCACAGUUUAGUCUGCAUUGACUACAACUGGCAUUCGUCUCUUUCAGUGGGU